UUAUAUUAUUAAAGAUGUUAACAAAUAAUUCAUUCAAGUUUUCUAAUAUCAAAAUGAGGGUAAAGGAGUGUAAGAUUAUUUUUCACUGAAUGCUUAUGAUUUUUUUUCAAAUUGUAGAUAUUUUAUGUCAAAUAUAGGUAUUCAAAUGCCUUAUACAUCUUUUGACAGCAGACAUUUUUACUUUUCAUAGCAGGAAAAGCACAUGCGCAAUCAUGACAUUAAUUAUUGUGAUUACCUAAGAGCUGGAACCUGAGCAACUAAAUAUAAUGCAGCCGUAAUUUAUGUUAUUAUGAAAACGUGUGCUUGUCCUGCUGUGGCAUAUCAACAUGUCUGCAGUGAAAUUGUUCCAUUAUUGUAGUCACGAUGCUUAAGAUGUUACUAUUGUGACAUGCUUACAACUAUGCCCGGUCCCCAUGGCCUUAUAGACACCCUAAAAUAAUAAUCAAUAAUUUUCAGAAUGCAGCACAUGCAUUUUCAAACACUAUAAAGAGUAGAAAAUACAGAAUAUCUCUGCACACAUUUUUUUAAAGCCUUUGUCCAAUGCUGCAUUCAUUGCUCUUUUUCAGCCCAUAGUCUUUUGAGUGAUAAUGGGAAUGUGUUCUCUUUUGGCUCAGAUCAGUAACUAAUGAGCAUUUUUGAAAAUCACUAUAACUUAUAAACACUUUAAAAUGAGUUAUGAAGUUGUUCAGGUUCCCAUUUAAAAGCAAUAAUUGUUGGCAAUGAUGCAUCCAUAGUUUAUGUUCGUUCAAUUGAUAAGUUUAUAAUUUCCGACUGCACUUGAACAGACUAAAAUCGCGAAUUCCCGCCAGUUGUCUCACGCGACCUCCUUCAAGAGCCAAAGAGCACUCUGCCUUUUAACUUGAGAUAGUAUUUUUUUAGUCAGUAUCUCUUGUCGUGUUGUUGCUAACGUUAUUUAACAAGAAUAUAUCCUAGUUGUGAUAGUUUUACUGACAGUCUUGUUGAUGUUGUGAGCAGCUGAUAGACAAGAGUAACAGCUAAUUAGCUAUUAAUAGCUAGCGUUAGCAUUUACACAGACAGGUUAGCAUUAGCUACAUUAAUUUAGCUGACCCAGGCUAAAGAUACUUGCUGAUUGACAGCAACUGAAUCAGCCAAAAUCCAUUUUAUCUUCAACGUUUAACCCAUACUACAUUGAAAAUGAAAGCUGCAGAGGAUCAGGUUGUUGAUGAGGAUACUAGUUUUCAGGAUGAUGAGGAAACCUUCUUCCAAGACAUUGACCUCCUACAGAAACAUGGGAUAAAUGUGGCAGACAUCAAGAAGAUGAAGUUAGUGGGUAUCUGCACAGUGAAGGGGAUCCAGAUGACGACUAAGAAGGCUCUGUGCAACAUCAAGGGCCUGUCAGAGGCAAAAGUGGAGAAGAUCAAGGAGGCUGCUGGGAAAAUGCUGAAUGUUGGUUUCCAGACCGCCUUUGAGUACAGUGCAAAGAGGAAGCAGGUGUUCCACGUCACAACCGGGAGCCAGGAGUUUGAUAAACUCUUAGGUGGAGGUGUAGAGAGUAUGGCUAUCACGGAGGCCUUUGGAGAGUUCCGCACAGGGAAAACCCAGCUGUCUCACACAUUCUGUGUCACUGCUCAGCUGCCAGGCGAGGAUGGCUACCCGGGCGGGAAAGUCAUCUUCAUUGACACAGAGAACACCUUUCGUCCGGACCGACUGAAAGACAUCGCCGACAGGUUUAAUGUGGACCACGGUGCUGUGCUGGACAAUGUGCUUUACGCCCGGGCCUAUACCAGUGAACACCAGAUGGAGCUGUUGGACUUUGUAGCUGCCAAAUUCCACGAGGAAGGAGGAGUCUUCAAACUUUUGAUCAUCGACUCCAUCAUGGCUCUGUUCAGAGUAGACUUCUCUGGUCGAGGCGAGCUGGCUGAGCGGCAGCAGAAACUGGCCCAGAUGCUCUCCAGGCUGCAGAAGAUCUCUGAAGAGUACAACGUAGCAGUGUUCAUCACCAACCAAAUGACAGCUGAUCCCGGUGCAGGAAUGACGUUUCAAGCUGAUCCCAAGAAGCCGAUUGGUGGGCAUAUCCUGGCCCAUGCCUCCACCACACGGAUCAGCUUGAGGAAAGGGCGUGCAGAGAUGAGAAUUGCCAAAAUAUUUGACAGUCCCGAUAUGCCUGAGAAUGAGGCCACUUUUGCCAUCUGUGCCGGAGGAGUUGGUGAUGCCAAAGAGUGAAGAAUAAAAGGAGAAG